AUGAGCAGUGAUAUGCAAAGCUUUCAUGAAAAGAUGAGUGAUGCGAGAUCGAUACUACUGCACUUGCAGGAGCUCUAUGGAGAGCAUAGUCAGACUGCUCAGUAUGAAAUAUCGAGAGAGCUUUUUAGGGCAAAGAUGAGUGAGGGUGGUGAAGUUGGAGAGCAUGUCCUCAAGAUGAUCUCUAUGAUUGAGAGGUUGGAAGCUCUUGACUUUUCCAUGGACUAUAACCUUCAGGUUAAUCUCAUCUUGCAGUCUCUUCCUGAUUCCUUCUCUCAAUUUAUUGUUAAUUUUAACAUGAAUAAUAUUGAGUGCACACUGAUGGGUCUUCUUAAUAAGCUAGUGAGUACUCAGUCUCAAAUGAAGACUAAAGGGAAAGAUGUUGUUGCUUUGACUAUAUCUACUCCUAGACCCUUAAAGCCCAAGAAGAAAAAUAUGGCCAAGAAGCAGUAUGCUUUGGCUCCCAAAGCUGUGGGAGGAGUGGGUAAGAAUAAAGGUAAGGCUUCUACGGUUCGUGCGAGUGAGAGCUCCAAGCAAGGGGGCAAGUGUUUCCAUGGUGGCGAGGCUAAUCAUUGGAAGCGGGAUUGCCCAUAG